AUGUCCAGAAUAAUCUUACUUCAAGCCUACUACCAGUGGGUGCCGUUUGUGUUGGGUCUCCAAUGCAUAAUCUUCUAUCUCCCGCACCUCCUUUGGGAGAUGGUAUGCAUCUCCCGAGCCAGUGGCGACGUCUUUACAUUGAUUGAGGCGGCCAGGAAGGCUGCAUCUGGUGGUCGCAGUGAUCGGAAGAGGGAGGUCCAUCGAGUAGCAGAAUUCCUGGAGGACAUGAUUGAUGCUCAUCAAUGUUCAAGACGAGGCCGCAAAGCCAAGUUGGUGGACAAGAUGUACGACACCUGCGGGCUCUGUGUGGUGAGUAAGCGCAUGGGAACCUGCCUCGUGUGGUCGUACAUCGCUCUCAAAGUAGUCAUCAUAUUAAAUGCGGCCCUGCAAUUACACCUUAUCCAAAUAUUCCUCGGUUUCACUGGACACUACAUUAAGCCAGUACCCGUUGAUCCACUACUUCAGGAGACAAUGCAGCAAUCUUCUGGAAAAGGCGAGCACGGCUAUUCUUUUGGUUGGGCCAUAGCAAGUUACAUUCGCUCAGGUCAGGAAUGGCCUGAGACCCUGCUAUUCCCUCGCGUGGCCUACUGUCGCGUACCAAGCAUUCGACUAGUAGGCGGUGAGAACGCCUAUACUGCGCAGUGUACCCUCCCCAUCAAUAUGCUCAACGAAAAGAUUUAUAUCUUUCUCUGGUUCUGGAUUCUUUUCCUUCUUAUAACCAGCCUCCUCAGUCUAUUUCUCUGGAUUAUUCGCAUCACCAGUCCCUUCCGUAGAUACCGAUAUAUCGCCAGAUUUCUAAGGGUAUGCAAAAUCGGUGAGGAAGCGAAACGACCCACCGGACCAAGAAGUAGGAAAACCCAACUGGAAAAUUUCGUUGAUGAUUAUCUCCGACAAGACGGAGUAUUUCUGGUUAGGAUGUUGGCGAUCAAUGCAGGUGAAGUGUUAGCCGCAGAUGUCGUCGGACUGGUGUGGAAUCACUACCAAGGCAGAAAGCCGGAGGACAUAACCCCCUUGCCCGCUAACUUCGUACCCUCAGAAAUGAUGUCGCCUCACGACAAGAUUCAGAAGAUCGAAGUUGGAUUUGUGUGA